UCAACCAACCAUUCUCUAUCCCCACCAUAAUACUACAACAUCCCACCUGCAACACCUCCCCACCCCAAAAAUUAAAAAAAAAAAAGAACACCACAUCACAAAUAUGGCAGCAGCAGCAGCAGCAGCAGCAGAAACAACAGUAGUAGUAGUAGCAGAAGAAGAAAAAAAACAAGAACAAGAUCAAAAACAAGAAGAAGGAAAAGGGGAGAAGCUGAAUCCGACCUGGGCCGAGCUGCUCGGGUCGGAGCACUGGCGCGGGCUUCUCGACCCCUUAAACCCGGCCCUCCGCCGCCUCAUCCUUCUGUCCGGCGACCUCUGCCAGGUGACGUACGACGCCUUCAACGACGACCGCAACUCCGCCUACUGCGGCAGCUGCCGCUACUCCAAACCCUCCCUCCUCCGCCGCGUCGCCUUCGUCCCCCCGCCCUCCGCUCCCGCCGCAGGCCUCGCCGUCUCCGCCUACCUCUACGCCACGUCCCAGGUCUCCCUGCCGGAGGGGUUCCUUCUGUUCUCAAAGUCGCGGGAGGCGUGGAGUAGGGAGUCGAAUUGGAUCGGGUACGUCGCCGUCGGCGACGACGUGGACGGGGGGCGGGUCAUCUUCGCGGCGUGGCGCGGCACGAUACGGACGCUGGAGUGGGCCGACGUGCUGCAGCCGGAGCUCGUGUCCAUCGACGACAUCCUCUCUUCAUCCCCUGCCGGCGAUGACGGCGAGCUGGACAAGCCCAAGGUCAUGAAGGGAUGGCACGUGAUAUACACGUCGAGCGACCCCAAGUCCCCGUUUUCAAAGCUGAGCGCGCGCGCGCAGUUCCUCUCGGCCAUCAGGACGCUCGUGGCGCGCCACGCCGCCGAGAGCGCCGGCCGCGGCCUCAGCAUCGUCUGCACCGGCCACAGCCUGGGCGCGGCGCUCGCCACGCUCAGCGCCUUCGACGUCGUCGAGAACGGCAUCGCCCGGGUCGGCGGCCGGCCCGUGCCCGUCGCCGCGAUCGCCUUCGGGAGCCCGCAGCUCGGCAACGCGGCGUUCAGGAAGCGGCUGGAGUCGCUGCCGAAUCUGCGGGUGCUGCAUGUUAAGAAUAAGCCGGAUCUCAUUCCGCUGUACCCGAGUGGCCUUCUCGGGUACGUUGACGCCGGCGACUUGCUGGUGGUGAACUCGCGGAAGUCGCCGUACUUGAAGGACUCUAAGAACCCCGGCGACUACCACAACCUCCAGGGAAUACUCCACACGGUGGCGGGGUGGAGCGGGGAGGGUGGAGAUUUCAAGCCGCAGGUGAAAAGGAGCGUGGCGCUUGUGAACAAGUCGUCGGCGUACCUGAAGGACGAGUACCUCAUACCGGAGUCGUGGUGGGCGGAGAAGAACAAAGGGAUGGUGCUCGGCGACGACGGGGAGUGGCGGCUCGCGCUGCCGGCAGAAGAGGACCUCCCCGUCCCGCCGCCGGACGGGAUGGCGGAUAUGGUCAGCUUUGACGCCGCUUCCGAUAAAAAUGUGGAUGGGGGUAAGGGGACCAAGGGAGAAGAUGUAGAUGUGCCUGUUGUGAAGAAGCCAAAGAAGAGUUUCUCUCUAGUUUACUGCUUCCGGGCGAUUGAAUAGAAGGCCCAGAGCCAGAGGUGUGUGAUGUGUAAUUCGUAAUGGUGUGAUCUUAGAACAUGUUACAGAUACAUCAUGUGUAAUGCGUAAUGGUCCUGUGCAGAACAUAUUAUAUAUAGUUGUAUGUAGCCAAUAUAUAGAACUUACUUAUUCUGUCAAUAAUAAAAAUUAUGCAAAAAUUAUGUUGUGGAUAUCAA